AUGAUGCAGGUUUUCCCGAUUAUCAUUUCAGACCUGUGUGUGGGGCGCUCUGCGGAGGAACGGGACCAGAGGGAUAAAGAGGUUCGUGCCUUCCGCUACUAUGCGGUCUUCUACAAGUCCCUGCUGGCCGUGACCAAGCACACGCGGCUGACCCUCUCCAUCGCAAGGCAACAUGGCAUCUCGCUGGUUGCUGCACUGCACGCGGCUUUCCCGAAGCAGAAGUCGAGGUGGAACUUUGUGAAGCUCCACGAAGUCGUGCACCUCAUCGACGGCAUAUCCAUGAGGGGUUUGCCGCAUGAGUAUUCGACGGAGCUGUGGGAGCAUACCCACAAGGGCACAGUGAAAGGCCCCGUGCGCGGAAGCAACUGGAAAAACAUACCAAGGAGGAUUGUGGAGGAGGAGACACAACGCGAGAUCAUAAGGGAGAUUGCGGCGCUGUCGGGUGGUGGGAGAACAUACUACACCGCAUUGCGAGAGGCUGUGCGCAAUAUGAAGCCCGCGCUGACCCGCACCAGCAAGGCCAUGUGUCUCAUGACGGAGGACGAUCCAAUGCGCACGCUGUACAGGGAGACGGUGGGGAGCGAGUUCGACAACAUGGCUUCUCACCCGCGCCCUUGUGCGCCCUACCCUACCUGCUCCGCGCUGUUGCUCUGCACGCGCGGUUGCCCGCGCCCUCGUGCGCUCUACCCUACCUGCUCCGCGCUGUUGCUCUGCACGCGCGGUUGCCCGCGCCCUCGUGCGCUCUACCCUACCUGCUCCGCGCUGUUGCUCUGCACGCGCGGUUGCCCGCGCCCUCGUGCGCUCUACCCUACCUGCUCCGCGCUGUUGCUCUGCACGCGCGGUUGCCCGCGCCCUCGUGCGCUCUACCCUACCUGCUCCGCGCUGUUGCUCUGCACGCGCGGUUGCCCGCGCCCUCGUGCGCUCUACCCUACCUGCUCCGCGCUGUUGCUCUGCACGCGCGGUUGCCCGCGCCCUCGUGCGCUCUACCCUACCUGCUCCGCGCUGUUGCUCUGCACGCGCGGUUGCCCGCGCCCUCGUGCGCUCUACCCUACCUGCUCCGCGCUGUUGCUCUGCACGCGCGGUUGCCCGCGCCCUCGUGCGCUCUACCCUCCCUGCUCCGCGCUGUUGCUCUGCACGCGCGGGCGGUGA